AUGGAGCUUGUUCUGGGUCAAUCUAUGGCGGAUGUGCUGACCAAAGUUGGGCUAUUCGUGAUUGUGCAAGCUUUGGUAUACCUCGUGCUAACCACUUCGUCCACCGUCUUCUCCAAGAACGUCAAGCGCUCUUUCAGCUUCAAGCCGGCACGUUCGGUGAGCAUCCGCCGGAUGUUUGCCGCCAUCUCCGAUGCUCCGGUCGGCGAGCCUUCUCCGAGGACGACGAGCUCUGCUUCUUAUGGGCAGCAGCAGCUUGAUCCAAUCUUUGGUGACGUUGGAUAUGCUAAUUAUUAG